CUUGUUUAUUAGCAGCCGGAUGUUGUGAAGAACAUGGACGCAGCAGGCUCGAAGCGAUGGCAGCGUUCAACAUUUCUUAAAGAGUUUGUGCAGCUGUGAAGUUGCUGUAACACACCAAGAAGGUGGGAGCGCCGCUCAGUGUUUCCAUGGCCGUCGGCUGAUGGGCGAAGCGAUGCGGCACCACUGGCUGCUCCUUGGGGCUUGCGGCUGGGUGCUGCUCAUCCUCAUGUUUGUCAGCAAAUUGAUCAGCUUCAGAGCUGUAGAUGACUAUGGAGACAAGGUUGGUGGUCAGAGUUGGACAGUGCCAGGCACCAAGGUGGUUAAAGCCAUUCCUGUUUCCAGCCCAGAGAAACCGGUUGUCAAGCCAUCCGAUCAGCCCUCAGCGGUACCCACAGUGACCGAUUGGCAGUCAGUCGUUGAGAGGCGAAUCGAGUUGCUCUCCACUGUGUGUAAGAACAGCAGCCUCAGGAAUUUGACUCACGUCUCCAUCAGCAAGUUUGUCCUGGACCGCAUCUUUGUCUGCGACAAACACAAGAUCUUGUUCUGCCAGACGCCGAAAGUGGGCAACACACAAUGGAAGAAGGUCCUCAUUGUGCUCAAUGGAGCAUUCCCCACCGUGGAGGAGAUCCCAGAAAACCUUGUUCAUGACCAUGAGAAGAACGGCCUGCCCCGUCUCUCAACACUCACGCCGCAAGAAAUUACUCACAGGUUAAACACCUACUUUAAGUUUUUCAUCGUGAGAGACCCCUUUGAGCGCCUGAUUUCUGCAUUCAAGGACAAGUUUGUGAAGAACCCACGCUUUGAGCCGUGGUACAAGCACGACAUCGCUCCCGCCAUCAUCCGUAAGUACCGCAAGAGCCACCGCGACAGCGACCUCGCCGCCUCCGGCCUGCACUUUGAGGACUUUGUCCGUUACUUGGGCGACGUGGACGGCCGCCACCGCAUGGACCGGCAGUUCGGUGAGCACAUUAUUCACUGGGUGACUUACGCAGAGUUAUGCGCACCGUGUGAAAUACACUACAGCGUGGUGGGCCACCAUGAGACUCUGGAGCAGGACGCCCCCCACAUCCUCAAAGCAGCAGGCAUCGACCAUCUGGUGUCCUACCCAGCCAUUCCGCCAGGCAUCACCCGCUACAACAGGACCAAGGUGGAGCACUACUUCUCAGGCAUCAGCAAGCGGGACAUCAGGCGUCUCUACGCACGUUACCAGGGUGACUUCCACCUUUUUGAUUACCCGAGCCCAGACUUUCUACUGAACUAAAAUGAUUAACGCUGACUAAAAGACAUGUUUUCAUAUAAAAUCCUCUCAACAUGUUUGGUUUACCGAGACAGAGGUGUAUUGUAGCUGACUGCGUGUCACCUAACUAACAGACCUACAAGGCUGGUAUGCAGUUCUUAUUUUAGGAAUAACUGACAUGUUGUGGCUGUUGGCUGUAUUUGCAAUGACUUUUUGAUUAACUAAUAAGUGGGCUGUCCGCAAACCUGUGGUGUCACGAUAGUGUGACACCACAGUGAAGAGAAAGAAAGCGUUGCUGCAAAAAGAUGGGAUGAGAGUACAGGCAACACGGUCACAUUAUGAGAUUUAGCAGUAAUAUAAAAGCUGCAGAAUUGAUCAUUUUGUGUUGGUGGGGGGGUAAAAAAGAUCAAAUACAGGUACAGAACAGAUUUGCUAUCUUAUAUUUAAUGUUCAUGAAUGGAUUAUCCUUAUAUGUCAAAGAGAUGUACUCCAGGGUAAUGCCAGGGAUAUGGCCUGUUACCCUGUAAUGUAGCUAUUAUACUGCACUGUAUGGAUCACCAGUUUCAAAGAUUCAUCUUGUCAAGGAAUACUAUGGACAUUGCUGUGUGUUUUGACAUGUCAUGUCUUUUCUGUUCUUGCUAUCAUGCCUGACAUAGACGAGUCUGUAUCAGGGAUGCCAACAUUUUUGGACAAGUAUUGUGAAUGGCAAGAAUAUAAUGCGAACUAAUUGGACAUCGAUAUUUUUCAUUGAUGUUUUUAAGUGUUGCAUUCAGUGUUAACUUUUUACCUUUGUUUUAUUCUUUAUGCAAGGCAUAUUAAAGUCAUGUAAGACAGUAAAUUACUCUGAAACGGUGAAAGGAAGACCUUGGUCCUGCCCUGACCCAUACUGUAGCCAUUGUUCUGGUUGUUGCCUUUACUGAAACUGACAAUAGAUAUGAAAUGCCUAUGACUCCAUUUAUUAGCUGUUACACUACACUGGGACAUUGGAAGGAAAUUGGCACUGGAUUUUAAAGGAUCUUUUUUUUUCUUCUCAGAAAUAUACUGUGUAACUGUUCUUAACAUGACUUGCAUCUCUACAUUUGUAUUACAUGCUACUUUUUAUAAUAUUAACCUGACACCAACAGUGUCUCAAUUGUAAGACAGUGCUGCCUCCCGGCAACCUUUUGGACAGGCGGUCAUAAUACAGGAAAACACUAGUUAGUAAUAAAGUUCCAUGUGAAAUAA